AUGGUUCUAGAAACGCUGAAACAGGGGGCUCACAGCGGUCAAAUACAUGAAGCUUUAACACAAUUAGAUACCUGUCCUCAAGAGCCAGUGGAUCUAGAUACUUCGAUGAUACUCAUUAAGUUCGUAAUUCCAGUGUAUCCAUCGUUACCAGAAAGAUCGAAGGUACUAUUGAGACGGAUAGCUUCUAAGUCGUUUACGUUCUUAUCUCAACUUGUCACCUUCGCUAAGACAAUAAGUGGUCGCGAUGGACUGCAAGAGAUAUGCAUAUAUCAAGAGAUUUUAGAAGACAUCAUCAGUAUCGAACCGGGAUGUUUGAAUUUUUAUUUAGAAGCAAGCACUACUAGCAAAGUAGACCGUGAUAGCAUUAAGACCUUUUUUUUUGGGAGCAAAAUAUUUAAUUUGUUGGCUAACCGAAUUGAUAUGGCAAAAUAUUUAGAAUACCUUCGCCUUCAAUGGAAGUUUCUCCUUGAGAACAAUAAAACGGACCUACCUGGGUUUCUUGGCGAAUGGCUAGUAUCGGUAUUUCUACUUAACCCUACACUAGCAACAGAUACGCUAUUAGGUGAAUUGUUCUUAUUGGAUGAAUUGUAUUUCUCUUCGUUUCAGAAAAUAGUGUCAGCUAGUAGUCCGCUAGAUCAAAAGAGGCUUGUUACUAAGUUUCUAUUGCCAUACAUUCAAAUUAGCCUGACUUCAGAAAAUCUAAAUGACGCUAGGAAGAUUUUACGGCGGUUUGAUCUCGAUAAAAUCAUAAGUCUGUCCGUAUUGUUUGAAAUACAGUCCCUGCCAUUAAAGGAAGUCAUAGUACGUUUAAUGAGCAACCACUCUUCUAUAAAGCUUGCCAGUGCUUUGGUAGGUAAAUUUGCUGAUUUCGCAGAUGAUGAUGUGGACAUAAAAACAUGUGAAUUACUUGUACUCUUUACAGUACACAAUCUCAGUCAGUCUCAAAAGGAGCAAAUAUCUCACGAUGACCGAUUUUUGAAUGGCGUGACCAAACAUUUAGGUAGUAAUGAACGCGAGGCAAGGGAGCGGGCGAUGUUUAUUGCCAAGCUUUUAUCAAAUGGUGAUCUGAAGUACGAAAGUGACUUUGAAAUUAAUAUACCGAAUGUAAAAUUCGAAAGCAACAGUGAUAACGACACCAUUAAUUUCCAAUCUUUGAGAAAUUCAUCUAUAUGCAAUACUCAAUUAGAUGCGGAUAAGAAUAAGAUUACAGAGGUCUCAGACCAUGUUCAAAGCCUCACAUUGGACUGCAGUGAUAGUGACGAUGAAGAUGAUAACGAUGAGCAGGAGCUUGUUGAGCGAAUUGUAUUUUUAAAAGAUUUAAUGAGAGAAUACGAACAAACUGGAGAAUCCCGAAAGGCUCAACUCAUACCACUUUUGAAACAAACAGUGAAACUGGUACGGCAAAAAGCGGAUUUCCCAUUAGAGGUUGGUUAUUAUGCGCAAGGUAUUUUGUCAAGCAUAGCGUGCCUGAAUAAUGAGCUUGAUGAAUCGCUUUUCGAGCAGUGGAGAAUCAACGCUCUGGUAAGCAUACUGGUCGUUCUUCCAGAAAAAGUAAGUAGUGCUAUAAAUGUUCUAUUCAAUUCAGAACUGUCAUUGCAGCAAAGGAUGUCACUAUUAUCUGCUUUGGGUCUUUCCGCAAGGGAGUUGAGAGGGUUUGAUGAUCCUAUUAUUGUCAAACCUAAGUUUGAUUUCCCCACAAAUCGUUUACCGUGGGAUAAUCAAAGUCACUAUAUUGGGAAGCUUGUUGAAGUUCAAGAGCCUACUAGUAUGAUAAAGGAGACGAAAACAGUAUGGAAGUCCAAAAAACUAGGCAAGGAUCAAGAAAAAGGAACGCAAAACCGCUUUAGGAAACAUUCUAGUCUAUUUUUCUACCCGCUAGCACACGGAUGGCUCAAUGGAAUUGACGUAGGUACAUACAAUCAGCUUUUUAAGUCGCAUUAUCUAACAACAUUGCGUAUCAUAUACUCUUGCGCCAACCCGGUCCACGAUUUUGAAUACAUGACGGAAUUGAUGGAUCAUAUAAUUAGUUCGGCCAUAGAAGAAGGAAUCCCUCUCCGCCAGAGCCAGUAG